GCGAUGAAGGCAAUGAAAGCCAUGAAGGCGAUGAAGAAAGCCGAUGCCGAGGAAGCCCCGGCAAUGAAGAGCAUGAAGGCCAUGAAGGCGAUGAAGGCCAUGAAAGCGAUGAAGGCGAUGAAGGCCAUGAAGGCAAUGAAGGCGAUGAAGGCAAUGAAAGCCAUGAAGGCGAUGAAGAAGGCCGAUGCCGAGGAAGCCCCAGCAAUGAAGAGCAUGAAGGCGAUGAAGGCGAUGAAGGCCAUGAAAGCGAUGAAGGAGCAGAGAGUUCUGUUGCUGCGGCAGUCGCAAAAACACCUACCACACACCGCAACGGCCAGCCUGGCCGCCGUGUUGACUUUUUCAUGGUUAAUAACAUGGCUCGCCCAUUAGAUGCUAACGUGUUUGUGGUUCAGAUUCUCCCGUUUGUGAAUCAUUUUGCUGUCAGCUUAAGGCUCUCUACCUCCACCGACAUGCAAUACACCAGAGUCCAGCCCGCGGCGCGCUACCUCAAAGCACCCGCAACCAGGGAGCAGACCCAAGUAACUGAUAGACAAUGGGCUGAAAUGUUCAGGGCCUACAAGAAAGAGUGGGGUGUGGUUGCGUCAAACGCUGCUGUUGAUGCCAUGUGGCGCGUCCUGACACAUGUAGCCGAAACCUCCGUUCGCAGCGCUGGAUUCAAAGAAAAGGUUUGCGACCGAAGGGGAGCAUUCCGACGCUUGAAGAACGGCAAAUCUGUGCACCAAAAAUUGGCGGCGGAAACCAUCACCUUGCCAGCCGUGCCAACACCCGCACCCAGUUAA